UGUGAGUGCGAAAUUUCUUGAGCCCAAGUUGACGUGUGCGUGUGGUUAUCAGCAGCAAUACCUGUCACCGAAUCUUCCUUAGUAUUUACAAUGCAAUUACCUCAGUUAAAAUUGUAGGGAAUGAAUCAAUUCUCAUAAUGUGUCUCAGUAUCAGCAAUUCGCUUCAUUGAUUAGCCAGUCCACUCGUAAAUUUGUACUUAAACUUUGGAUUAUCAUUUGAAACAAAAUGAGUGUUAUCAGCAUCCCAUGUCUAGUUAUUAUUUGCAUCAUCUCCCUAGUCGGAGGAGACGAGCACAAUCACAUUUAUGAAGAUAGAGAUGAAGUUGUAUUGUGGAUGAAUACAGUCGGCCCAUAUCACAAUCGGCAAGAAACUUACAGCUAUUACAGCCUCCCUUUUUGUUUUGGAACGAAAACAACCAUUAGCCAUUACCAUGAAACUUUUGGAGAGGCUUUGCAAGGUGUCGAAUUGCAGUUCAGUGGCCUGGAGAUAUUUUACAAAGAUCAUGUUGAGAAGUCACCAUAUUGUGAGAUAGUACUAACUGAGGAAAACUUGAAGAAAUUCAUAUAUGCUGUGAAGAACCAUUAUUGGUAUCAAAUGUAUAUUGACGAUUUGCCUAUUUGGGGCAUUGUUGGAGAGGUAGAGGAACUAACCAAUGGGAAAACAAAUUACUACAUCUGGACUCAUAAACGCUUUGAUAUUGGUUACAAUGGUAAAUACAUUGUUGAUGUUAAUCUGACAUCUGAGGACAAACAGAAACUUGAAUUGAACGCAAAGGUCCGUUUCACCUAUGAAGUAAACUGGAAGCCAUCACCUGUCAGUUUCCGAGAUAGAUUUGAUAAAUAUUUGGACCACAACUUCUUCCAGCAUAGGAUCCAUUGGUUCAGUAUUUUCAACAGUUUUAUGAUGGUCAUCUUCUUGACUGGUCUUGUCUCCAUGAUCUUGAUGCGGACUUUACGAAAGGACUAUGCACGUUACAGUAAAGAAGAUGAUAUUGAUGACAUGGAGCGUGAUUUGGGAGAUGAAUAUGGAUGGAAACAAGUCCAUGGAGAUGUUUUCAGACCUGUGCCAAAUGCUUUGAUUUUUUCAGCCCUCAUCGGAUCUGGUUAUCACGUUACUGUGGUCACAUUUUUAGUCAUACUCCUUGCUAUUAUAGGAGAGCUUUACACCGAGCGAGGAUCCCUUCUUAGCACUGCUAUCUUCACGUACGCUGCGACAUCACCCAUCAAUGGGUAUACCGGUGGUGGUCUGUAUGCUCGCAUGGGUGGUAAAUUAUGGAUCAAACAAAUGAUAGUUUCUGCCUUCCUCCUUCCAAGCAUGGUUUGUGGAACAGCGUUCUUCAUCAACUUCAUUGCCAUCUACUACCAUGCUUCAAGAGCAAUUCCAUUUGGAACUAUGGUUGCUGUUGCAUGCAUCUGUUUCUUUGUCAUUCUUCCGUUGACGCUGGUAGGCUCUGUUUUGGGCAGAAACCUAGCUGGACAACCUGAUUAUCCAUGCAGGGUGAAUGCUGUACCAAGACCCAUUCCAGAGAAGAAGUGGUUCAUGGAACCUUUAAUUAUUAUCAUGUCUGGUGGUAUUUUACCGUUUGGCUCAAUAUUUAUUGAAAUGUACUUCAUCUUCACUUCAUUUUGGGCCUACAAAAUCUACUACGUGUAUGGUUUCAUGCUUCUCGUGUUUCUCAUCUUGAUGGUAGUCACCGUUUGCGUAACCAUAGUGUGUAUCUACUUUUUGCUGAAUGCAGAAGACUAUCGAUGGCAGUGGACAAGCUUUUUGGCUGCAGCUUCAACGUCUACCUAUGUGUACAUGUACUCAUUUUAUUAUUUCUUCUUCAAAACAAAAAUGUAUGGACUGUUUCAGACAGCAUUUUAUUUCGGUUACAUGGCACUAUUCAGUCUUGCACUUGGUCUUAUGUGUGGCACAGUAGGCUACAUCGGCACCUCAAUAUUUGUCAGAAAAAUUUACUCAACUGUGAAAAUAGACUGAACUGGUAACUGAAUUAGUUCUAUUCCAAUUUGGGUUUUAUGAUCAAAUUCUUGCAAUUUCCUUAGUCCAUUGCGACCUUUUCCACAGCUAUCAACUUUGUGCAUGAAUUUCUCAGUACCAAACAAAUUAACAUGUUGACUGCCAUGUUAAGUGCCAGGAAUGCUGUAUUUUCUGAUUACCAUGAUGUCGGCCAAGCCUAGGGGCAAUCACUUUUUCCUACCAUUUUCCUAAGUCAUUGAUUUGAUACCUUACCGAAGUGUAGUUGUGUCAUGUAUGGAUGUGUUUGUGAUAACCAAUGAAUAUUAGGUAAAAUUUUGCAAGAAGUGUGAUGUCAUCCCUGGCUCUGUCUAAAAUCAAGCCCCAAGCUAAAAAAAGCCUCCGAAACUUAAGACUGUAAUGAAGGAGCACCCUGGUUCUAAAAGACAGUCCACCUUCGGUCAAUCGAAUUCUUAAUGCAGAAGCAGGGCCGAACAGAUCGGCAAGGUUGUUACUCCAUCUCAAGACUCCAAGAAAGAGUUCCAUCCAGGAAGGGUUUUUUAGUCCAUGGACAUCCCUGCCAAUACAUGCAACCCUAUCUCAGAAUAAAGACUGCUCCUAGACUAGAAGCUCUCUUCCACAGUAGCCUCAACUUUCAAAGCUCAAUUUUGAGCUUUUGAGUGGAUUUUUCACUCGGUUAGUGGUACUACAUAACAUGUUCCUUGCAAAAUUUCACUCAGGAAUAAAUGGUUAAAGUGAAAAUCCCUGGCUUGUAUCAGAAAUUCAUUACAACGUGAUCAUUCAGUGCACCGCUCUGAUAAUUUGUUACUAUGUUUAUUCCCAGUCCACAGCUGUACCAUAUGAACAACGAGAUCGAUUUAUUUAAUUGUGCUGUGAAGAAGAAGGGGUAUUUACUCUGUGGUAGUCAACAUGUUGAAGAGAUAUCUGUGAGAUUCUCCAAGUCAUUCUGCGUCUAUGUAUAAUUUUCCUUCAUGAAUUCAAGACAGUAAUGUACAACCUGACAUUUCUUCCUGUAAAAUAAGGAAACUACCUACACCUUUUUUAUUUUUAUAGUUUUCGCAGAAGGCUCCAUGAGGUAUGUGUUUGUUGAUUCCCUUUCAGGUUUUUUUAAUCGGAAGAAGAUUUCCAGUAAAUUUCAGCUUUGUGAUAAAACUAAAAAAAGCGAGGCACUAAAUUAAUCUUGUUUUAAGUUUUCUGUAAGUUUAAAUAAUGGACAUAAUUCCUCCAGAGAACUAUCCAAAGUUCUUCUAUAAAUGGUCGGACAGCCUACGCCGGUAAGUUCUUGUCUAGCUCAUACUGCUUUGCCUUGAAAGGAAAUUCUAUUUCAAACAAGAUUAACAAACUUUUUUGCAGCAUUUUACGACAAUAUUUUUGCAACUGCUCACAGGUAAAAGAACUCGGAAUUACACAAUUUUACGAUUUUUUUUUCUUGUGAAAAAUUACAUCAUAAAAGAAUAAUUCCGAAGUAUCAGGGGGUGUCAUGCAAAAGAUUUAACUGAGAAAUUCAAAUUAAUCUUACCUGAUGUCCUGCUAAUUCCUCAGAUUUUUUUUACCUUUAAAAAAAUGACUUAACCUCAUCAGUCUAUCAUUAUAGUGGUGGUGGCAAAGUGCUAAUUGCAUUAAAUUUGAAGAGCCACCAUAUUAAGAGAACAUGGUGCUUCAGAAAUGCAGUCAAAUAAUUUUCUAUUCUUGACUGUCUUAUUUAUCUCCUUUUGUUCAGACUGUGUGUCCUCAUCAAUGUACGAAGUAAACAUUUGUGAGAUUUUGCGUUUCAUCACUAUUUUUCUUUGUUGCAAUUGUAUUUUUAUGUGAUUCCACAGUUAUCAAGGGUGUGUUUUAGAAAAGCUAGAUUUUUUAUCCCAUGCAUACAUGUAAUGUACAUAUUGGUGUUAAACUUCUCCAGAAAUUUUAUACUCUGGUCCAGAAGAUUUUAUGUGAGGUCUCUGCAGCCUAUUUUGCCCCCUCUUAAAGAAUCCAGAAGGAUUUUUUCAUGGCAAAAUAACAUGUACAACUGCGGCUCAAUAGUGAAACUGCAGAGAUGCAGAUCUCAGGUGGCGAUGUUGCAGACUUCCUGCCAUAAUUUAUUUUCUACAGGGAAAAUUACUGAAUGUUGUUUUUUGGAAAAUUUUGUAAUUUUUUAUCUUUAUGUAAAAAAUAUUCUGCGACAAUUUCUAACCAUGUGUUGGUUCCGUCUCUUUAAAAAAUAAAAUAGGAGGAGAGGUUUUGAAACAUCGCAACCGAGGUAUGCAGUUUUGCGGUUUCACCUUCGAAGUGCAGUAACACAAAGCUUUUAUUCUUAGAAUUGUAAAUUAUUAACUUUAUAAAGGCCCUCCAGGACAAUGGAAAGAAUGGACAAUGUCCUUGAAUUUUGAUUUUAUGCAUCUUUGUUCCAUCUCUUUUUUUUUUUUAAAUCUGUGUUAAAAACAAUCAUUAAGGCAAAACAUUUUUACAAAUAAUGCCCAGAAAUUGCCCAAAAAUACUUAAUAGUAACUCUAUGGAAGUUCACCAUAGAAAUCUUCAGGGUAACGCCGUAUUUCAACCAUAUAAGAGACUUCAAAGCCUUCUAUAAUCCGUUCCAAUUGAUCUAGUCCAAUCGAAGAGUCAAAGAAAGCUCAGUCUUAGUUGGAGAACGAUUUAUCUCCAAAACUUGAUUCACUUAAUACCGAUUUUAUUAUAGCACAUGAAAAAUUUAGACUUUUCCUUUAAAGAUCUGGAAACCAAAAAAAAAAAACACUUCACUUCAAUUUUCGUCGUCCCAGGAUGAGUUCGAAUAUUAAAAAAUAUUUUAGUCACUGUGCAUUGAAAACAAUACGCUGACAAUUUGGAGUUUUCUUGAAACUUCUUUUGAUCUAUUAGAAAAAUUUCCUUUUCAAUACAAUGGUGAGCCUUGCACCUAUUCACGUAUUCAGAGGCGUAUCAAUUAUAUUUUCAGCCCGGGAUGCUUUGAUGAGAUAAACAUCCCCAUAAUCGUCCCUGUGGAGUCCAAACCAUAAGGGUAACUUGGUUUGCUGCAUAAUCUUGGAGGCUUGGUUCAGUCAAUCAAGGCCUCAAAUAGUAAGUCAAACUUAGGCUCAAUUUUAGUUAAUAAGUGUUGUUGAACCUAACAAAGAAAUGAUCCUUUAGUCCCUCGUUUGAAACACCUCACAGAAUCUUCACUGAUAUCGGUUCUUUUAAAAUCUUAAAAGUAUUACAAAUGAUAGAUCCUUUCUAUUAGAAAAUUCAUUCUAACAUGAGCAAAAUCAAAAACGGCAAGUCCUGGCUGUAAGCAUUUGUGAAGAAGUUUGAGUGGUAAACGGUUUUUAAAUACAUGGUUUUUCCCUAUCAAAUUAUUUGUAGAAUCCGUCUGCACAACUACCAUUCCAAAGUCAUCAAAAAUCACACAUAAGAAAGUGCGAGAUCCUUAUUAAGUGAAAAGUUACUUUUUGGUAAAGUCCCCUUUGCAGAAAAAAAUUCAAUGAAAAAAAUAAUGAAAGAAAAAAAACUGUAUAAUAUGCAAGAGUGUGUGCUCUUUUUUUCUUCUUUUUUAACCCAAAAUCACGAACUUUACCUGGCAGAAUAAAUUUAGGAAUAACAUCAACAUGUUAACAUCAUGUGCUACAGCUUCAGCAGAUCAUCUCACAUCUAUGUUUUUUAUCACUUGAAGUUUUAUAUGUAGUUGUUUAAUUUUGAUUUGUUUUUAAUUAUUUGUUUUUUAAUUUUUAUAUUUUAAUGGAAUCAAGUACGAGUUAGAUUUCGGGAUUUUAUUCUUUACUUGUUUUUUCUUUAUGUACCCAGGAAAACACUUGAGAUAGGUUAUCCCAAAACAACUGCCAGUAAGCCUGGUUGGACAAAAAAGGUUUUUUUUUUACAAAUCUCCUUCAAAAAUUUGGUGCACAGAAAGUUAAUAAAUUACAGAUUUCUCAAACCAGGCCAACUGUCAGUUAUUUUGGGAUAGCUCACGUAUCUCAAUAAGAACUUAUUUUUUUCUGAUAGUAACAAGUUAACUUCAUGCUCCCAUUAUUGUAAUAGGAACAAUGUGUUCACAUAUCCACUCUCGAUAUUUUGCUUCAUCAUUCAAAAUAUUCAUCUAACAGAAGGGCUUGUUUCACGAUAUUUAGAUUCCCUCUUUGUAUAGUAUCCAAUAUGCUCUAUGGCUCUUAGUAUAUUUAAAUAUGAAAUAAUUUUAACUGGAGUGUACUGUGUACAUUAUUGAAAAUAGUAGGUAAGUAGCUUUUCCAUGAAAAAUAAUGUGAUUCUCUUGGUUCUUUUUUUUUUUUUUUUCAAAUACUUUUUUUUUAAACUCAAUGUUCUGAGUCGGUGAGCUUACCUACUUAAGUUUUCAGGGUGUCUAGUAACCUAGUAAAUUUAUCAGAAUUAUCAAGGAACCUUUUUUUACAUCAGGAGAAACCAGAAAAAGCAUGAAGUUCGGAAAGACUUUGUUGAUCAUGGAAUAUUUUGUGGAAACCAUCGAGUUUUCACUUUCAUGCUAGGGAGAAUUUAGAAUUUUUUACUUUUUGAAAAGUGCUAGACACCCUGGUAUUUUUUCAUUGGUUUAGAUGAAUGAAUGUUGUCUUAGACUUUCUUGAAUUUUAUUUUCCAGUUCCUAAUUGAUUUAAAGUAACUAUUUCAAGCAUUCAUAUUUUCUUUACUUUGUAAAAAAAUUGCCCUGUUGAUUGAAAAUGAAAGAAAUGUAUGAUGAUGGAUCUUAUUCAAUGUUUGAACAGUAAUAAAAUGAUGAAUAAUUACUAAUAUAGCA